AUGCUGGACCACAUUCUGUGCGGGGAAGCGACGGACGGGCUUCAACAGCGUCGCAUUCAACUUUGCCGACAGCCAGUCGCUGGGGCUGGACCGGAACUGCGGUGGAGCAGUGCUUGCACUUUACACGACUGUCCAAACAGAGAAAUGAUGAUUGAUGGCAGACGAGAUGCAGCUGAUGGAGGGGCUCAUCAAAGCGAUAGCCGAGUGGCACAAUUGCGGAUGGAGGGCCGCGAAGAGCCACGGGCAGCUGCAUGGUGUGAUGUCUCGCUCGCUAGCCAGCCUUCUUUACCGCCAGGAUUAGUCGGAUUCGAUCUUGAUGGGCAAGCAUCAAGCAAGAGCGACGGGAAUCGCAGAACAAGUGUGCGUGGGCGAUACGUUAGUGACAUAGAGAGAGCGCAUCGCUCUCGGGCAUCCACCCGCCGCGACAUGGGCAAAGACGCCGCCAAGUUGACACAAUUGCAGCGACGGGUGGGAACCCAUGUAGCGGCUCUGCAGGAAGUUGGCACCGUAUAA